AUGGACACUCAAGACGUUGGCAUGAGCGUUGCAGACCCUCUCACUGCCGAUGAGGGCGUGCAUGCGCUUGCGCGUAUUAGCGUCAUGGACCACAAAGCGUUCGCGGACAAGUACCUUGCGGACUUGGGGCAGGAGGAGGCCGAUUUUCAGGUAUGCCACUGGCCGAUCAAGUCAUGGCAUGCCCUGGACAAGCGCAUCACAGGCCCCGAGUUUGAGUGCGGUGGCCAUCGCUGGCGCAUUUUGCUUUUCCCCUUUGGCAACUCGAAUGGCCAGCCGUACGAUAUGGUGUCGGUGUACUUGGACUACGCGGACAACCAGAAUACACCGGAAGGAUGGCAUGCAUGUGCCCAGUUCGCUCUUGUAAUCUCGAACCCGAACGAUCCGACAUUGUUCUCGACCAGCCAAGCCCACCAUCGUUUCACGGCCGAGGAGAUGGACUGGGGUUUCACGCGGUUCAAUGAAUUCCGUAAGCUCGCUGUGCCGCUGGACAACCGUACGCGUCCCAUCAUUGAGGAUGAUCAGGCGGUCGUGUCGGCGUACGUGCGUGUGCUCAAGGACCCCACAGGCGUGCUGUGGCACAACUUUAUCAACUACGACUCGAAGAAGGAGACGGGCUAUGUCGGUAUGAAGAACCAAGGUGCGACUUGCUAUAUGAACUCGCUCCUGCAGUCGCUCUACUUUACGAACUACUACCGCCGUGCUGUGUACCAGAUCCCAACGGAGAAUGAUGUGCCCACGGACAGUGUCGCAUAUGCUCUGCAGCGUGUGUUUUACCAGCUGCAGACGUCCAACUUGCCUGUGGGAACCACGGAACUGACCAAGUCCUUUGGCUGGAAGUCGCUCGACUCGUUCCUGCAGCAUGACGUGCAGGAAUUUAACCGUGUCCUUCAGGAGAAGUUGGAAGAAAAGAUGAAGGGCACAGCAGCGGACGGCGCCAUCACGAAUUUGUUUGUUGGCAAGAUGAAGAGUUUCCUGCGAUGCGUGAAUGUAGACUUUGAAUCGUCGCGUUCGGAAGACUUUUAUGAUAUCCAGCUGAACGUGAAGGGUAUGUCCAACCUGGAGCAGUCGUUCUGGGACUAUAUCCAAACAGAAAUGCUGGAAGGCGACAACAAGUACUUCGCAGAAGGAUACGGCUUGCAAGACGCAGAGAAGGGCGUGAUUUUUGAAAAGUUCCCGCCUGUGCUGCACCUGCAGCUCAAGCGCUUUGAAUACGAUAUGGAGAAGGAUAUGAUGGUCAAAAUCAACGAUCGACAUGAAUUCCCACUGGAAAUUGAUUUGAAGCCGUUCCUGAUCAAGGAGGCACAAAGCGAGCCUUGGGUGUACAAACUGCACGGUGUGUUGGUGCACUCAGGUGAUUUGCACGGCGGCCACUACUUUGCCCUUAUCAAACCAGAGCGUGACAGCAAUUGGUUCAAGUUUGAUGAUGACCGUGUGACACCGGCCACAUUGAAAGAAGUGCUGGAGGACAACUUUGGUGGGGAGAUGAUGCCGACCAACGGAGCGCAGCGUCAGUUCGCGGCCACUGCCCCAGUGCGCGCUAUGAAGCGCUUCACCAAUGCGUAUAUGCUUGUAUAUGUGCGUGAGUCGAAAAUGGACUCGGUGCUCAAGCCUAUCCAAGAGGUGGACACGCCUAUGCACCUGCGCAAUCGACUGGAGGAAGAGCGUGUUGAGAUGGAGGCGCGUCGUCGCGAGCGGGAGGAGCAGCAUUUGUACUUGACGACCAAGGUGGUGACAGAAGAGCUUAUCCGACAGCACCAGGGCUUUGACUUGGCUACGUUUGACGAUCGCAUGGGCCGCCCGACCGAGUUGCCGACGUUCCGUGUGUUGAAGAACGAGCCGUUUGUCAGUUUCAAGACACGCUUGGCACAGCACUUUAAUGUACCGGACCACUUGAUGCGGCUGUGGGUGCUGGUGAACCGCCAGAACAAGACUGUGCGUCCUGAUGCCGUGGUGCCGGAGAACGAUCCGAACUUAACGCUGGAGAUGGUACGUGAUCGAAUGGCGUCUAGGCAGCACGACCUGCGUCUCUUUGUCGAGAUGCUGGACCCCGAUAGUUUGGCCAUGACGCAUUUCGACGCGUCGACGCCUGGCAAUUCGAUCAUGAUCUUCCUCAAGUACUUUGAUACGUCGCGGCAGACGUUGUUGGGCGUUUCGCGGAUGUAUGUCCAGCGCCAGAUGAAAGUUGCGGAUCUUGUGCCUACCAUCAAUGAGCUGAUGCGCUGGCCACCGACGACGCAGGUCAAGCUGUUUGAAGAGAUCAAGCCAGGUAUGAUUGAGUUGCUGAAGCCAAAGGCAACAUUUGUGCAAAGUGAAAUCCAGGACGGUGAUGUGAUUUGUUUCCAGAUUGAGCUCUCGGAGAAAGACGCUAACGACUAUGAGAUGCAGCAGCUGUACUCCAAUCCCAUCCAGUUCUACGACUUUUUGCAGAACCAGGUGCGGCUUUUGCUCAAGCCGCGCUACGAGGAUGCACCGUGCCAAACGGAAUUUGAGCUCACGCUGAGCAAGAAGAUGACAUACGACAUGCUGGCUACCAAGGUCAGUGAGCGCCUAAAACAGGAUCCAUUGAAGCUCCGGUUCACGGCGGCGAACGGCCCGAAUGGCACGCCCAAGACGGUGCUGAAACGCUCGGCGAACCAGACAGUGAACGAGAUUAUUCAGACGAGCUAUCUGCAGGGCUCUGCGAGUCUGUUGUACUAUGAGAUGCUCGAUGUGAGUAUUAUUGAGCUCGAGACGAAGCGUUCGCUCAAAGUCGUGUGGAUGGGUGCAUUCAACAAGGAAGAGGCGCAACCGCAUUCGUUCCUGCUGCCCAAGACGGCGACGAUCCAUGAGCUAAGUGACCAGCUGGCGAAGCUCGUGACGCUGCGUCCUGAGGAGACAGGCAAGAUCCGCAUCUUUGAGUCAGCGGCGCUGGGCAAGCAGCAGCGUGAGCUGCAUUCGUUCGAUACAAUCAACAGCAUUCCCGAUGGGACGGAGCUCUUUGCCGAGGAAAUCUGGCCUGAGGAGCUGGCGCUCGGCGAAGACAAGAAGCUCGUGCAAGUAUGUCACUUUACGAAGGACAUUGCGCGGACGCAUAGUGUGCCAUUCCGCUUUGUGCUGAAGCAGGGCGAGCGUUUCGCCGAGACGGCUCAGCGACUGCAGCAGCGUAUGGAUGUUCCAGAGAAGGAGUUUGCCAAGUACCGCUUUGCGCUCAUCCAACUGAGCCAGUUCAAGCAGCCGACAUACCUCGAGGAUGAUGACGUGCUGUUUGAGCACAAGUUCCAGCCUGACGACAUUCUCGGUGUGGACCACAUCGAUAAGACAGGCCGCUCCAACCGGUACAAUACAUCAGCGGCCCAGGACCGUGGCAUUCGUAUUCGCAGCUAA